CCAUCGUCGCAGCCCUUCGAAGUGAUGGAUCCGGUCGAUACGGACUCGGCAACGACAGCCUCGGGAAGCAUCACGAUCCUAAAGAAGAAAUCUCUGAAAAAACGGGCCAAACGAGCAAAAAGACGCCGAGACGUCGGUGUGGGAGUCGAGCAAAUACUCGACUCGGAAUUCGAGGAGUACGAGGAAGAAGACGAAGAGUCGCUGGCAGUCGGAGGAACGGCCAAGGAGAUGAACACGUUCCUCGGGAAGAUACAGAGGCUGAUGGAGAUCAUUGUAUUGCAUUAGCUUGAGUGGCUGGGACGUUUUGCUGCGCCGGUUUCAGAUACUGACGAGGCCGAAGCCGGCGGCGUCUAAGAAGAAGAAGAAGAAGAAGAGCAAGAAAAUGUCCAAGGCGGAAAACGAUGCAGCGGCUCCGGCGAAAGCCGAGAAGGACAAGGAGCGCCCGCCGACCGGAGCAGCCGCGGCCGAACUCGAGCAAGACAAAAACCGGCUGAUCAAGGAGCUGCAGGAUGAGAUCGAGCUGGACACGUACAACAACGAGCAGAAUGCCCAGAUCGAGGAGGAGCGGAUGCGACAGCGCAGGGCUCAGUUGGAAAAGACCUGGCAUCGGGUGCACGAGAGGAGGAAGGCUUUCGUGGACUACGCUUUGAAGUGCUUCGAGGAGGACGAGUGGCUGCGGUACAUGUCGUGCGACGGCCUGCCGGAUCCUGCAGUAUUACCGGAGCUGAACACCUUCCUCUUUCUCUGGUCGCUCGACGACUCAAAGGCCAGUAUGAAGAGCCUGCCCAGGCAGUGCGAGAUCGUCAUCUACCUCAUCCGAAAGCUCGACGAGAUCAUCGAGUUCUCGCCGCAAAGCGAGCCAACGUACAUCCAGGACUGCAAACAGAUACGUCAGAAGUUUCGGGAGAAGCUUCAGGGCUGGAUAGACAUGGCGAGCUAUUGUCUGCUGCGGCAAAUCGAGAGAGACACAAUCAGGGUUGACUUGAAGAACGCCAGAUACGUACAGCAAUUAACGCCGCUUGUCUGCUGCUUUUGGGCACUCAUAAGGAUGCCGAUUAGCCUGAAACAGGUCGCCGAGAAGGACAAGAAAGCCGUCGAAGUGGCUUUCGAGGAGGUUGGCCUGACAAUCACGAUGCCCCUAGAUUUGGACUGCUACUGCACGGCCAUUCGAGUUCUCUGGCUCGGCUACGACCAUUAUUCCGAUCAGGCGACGUCCUUCGACCUACCACGACUGCCCGACGAAUACCUCAUGAACACGGACCUUCUAACCUUCUGCCAACGCGAGUACGAGCGGCUCAGCGAGAUCCGCGAGGAGCAGCGCGAGGGUCGCCAGCAGAGACUCGAAGAAAAGCGCGCGAUGAUCCGGCGCAUCGUUAACCCUCCGGCGAGCGCUGUAACAGCCGACAAAGCCUCGAAACACGAGGGGCGCAAGGGCGGCAAGAAAGCCGGUCAGUCCAAGAGCAAAGCUUCGGAGCCGGAACCCGAGCCCGAACUCAAGCCGCUGCCCCAUCUGGCCAACCCCGAGGAGAUCGUCCUGCAACGCGAAGAGGAGAUUCGAAAAGAAAGUAAACGACUGCUGUUCACGAGGUGCAAGAAGACCGAGAUAAACCUGCGCAAGUACGCCAUUCUCGGAGGGCUCUAUCGCAUCGAUCUGAUCAAUCAGCCGCCUCAGCCGAAAGAUAUGCGCCGUGACAUAUAUCUUACGACGCUGCAGUUGCCGAAGGAGCUGGAAUUCGUCAAGUUCUGGAGGCCCUAUAAAGCGCCGCCGUCAGCUCCGGAUUCCGAGCGAACUCCGGAAGUCAUCGAGGCCGAGAUGAAAGCGCUGGAGGCCGCGAUGGAGGCACUUGCGCUCGUCACUCUCAAACUGCCGGACUCGGUAAUGUGGUUCGAGCCGCCGAUGGUGGCGCACUGGCUCGCGGACGAGGGUAUCUGGUCGACCGAGGACGUCCACGACAUCAAGUACAACGAGGAGCAGCAGACGAUCACCUUUCGCACCGGCAGACUCGGGCUUCACGGCUUGGCUGCCCAUCGCUUUGUCAAUCUGCCCUUCCAGAGCUGGGAGCUAAAGCCGGAGACCGGAAAGGCCGCCGCCGCUGCCGGAGUCAGCGGUGGUGUCGCGCUCAACAUCACCGGGGCUAUCAUUCAGCUGGAGUUUCUCGUGAGGGAAGAUUUAGUCAGCCUGCAUUCGAUCGUCGGCGCCAGCAGCUCGACAGCCCUGCAAGACCUGCUAGGCAAAUUCAUGAAACUUCACCUACUGAUCCUGAAAAUGCGGGAAGCCGGCUGCGACGUCUUCCCGGAACUCGACGCCGUGAGCUACGUCAAGGGUCUGGCGCAAAAGCAUCAGGUGGUCAGUCGUCAUCUCCAGGCUUGUAUGGGUCUGCUCGCCAAGGCCUACAUCUUCUCCUGGUCCAGAUGGAACGCGACCCGUGGACCGAGAGAGAUCGCCCUGCAGAUCAAGGAGGUUCAUGGCUGUAUAGCUAAGGAGAGAUCCAAUGCCAUACUGCUGGUCACGCCGUUUCGUUCGACGGUUGUCAAGUGCUCGGAAGUCAGCCCGGAGUUCUCGGAUGAACCGGCGGAUGAAAAUGACAAGUUUUAUGCGGACGUGUAUCACUACGCUCUUCACAACGCCGGGAUAAAGAGUCGACUAGCCAUGAAAAACGUUUCUUUCAAACUCUCGACUACUGUGACGAAACUUUUGGAAGCUACGAACAUCCUCAAUAUGUCGGCGUGACGCUGGUCGUUCCAUAUCGAAGUUGUUGCUUUUUUUUGCUUUUAUUAAAAAAAGAUAAUAUUGUUGGCAAAAUCAUGACUGUAAAUAUAGGAUGCAAUAAAGAGGACAUACGAGUUGUUAUUUUGUUAUAACUAUUGUAAAUUUAUUAUAAUAUUAAUAUUAAUAUUUUACAAUGUAACUUCAUGGUCCUAACCAUAGUUUUCAUUUGUAAGGUAACCGCAAAACUCGUGUUCCACAGACAAAAAUGCGCAGGAAUUUGAAAAUCAACGGUACAAUAUUAUAUAUUCAGCUUUCGAUCAUUCGAAAAAUUUAUACAGUCGCCGUGUGCAAUGAUAAUUAUAUCAGGAUCUGCGAUUUGCCGUUGUGUAAUUUUUUUUUCUCCUCCUCCUCGACCCAUCUAGCAAAUCUCGACCACCAUGCGAAUAAAAAAA